AUGCUUCUAGAAUCUCUUGCCCACCGGCGUGAACCAACGCGCUACCGCUCGUCGCCAGAACAUCGUCGACACGGCCGCCAGUUUCAGCAGUCUUUAUUUGACCCGACUGUCCUAGGUCCAUACCCCGGCUCAAAGAUCAACACCCCGCAUGAUGAUGUCGAUCUUCCAGAUCCUCUCCGCAAAUCCCACCUAGCAACGGACUCCAGCAUCACCCUCAACACGCCAGAAUCCGUGUUGUUUGCCGCAAAUGGUACAUGUGUGCUGGAUCCGGAGGGCAAGGUGGGACAUUUAAGGGCGAACAUGUACGUGGCGCCUGGUGGGAUAUUUGGACCUGUAACCCCACAGGUGUCUAUUGGGCAGUUGUUUUGGGACCAAGAUUUGAUUGAUGAAGUCGAUGCGACACAUCCCGACAAUACCAAUCUCACGCCGAUUACGCGCAAUGUAGAUGAUGAUCUGUUUCUGGAAGAAGGUGUCGAUACAACUUCCGAUCCAGUCAUCAAUUAUGUCAAGUUCGGAGAUGAUAUUUAA